AAUGCUCAAUUUGGCUCAAUUGUUUUUAUCAUUUUUGGUUAAGAUCAAAAUUGAUCGAAAUUUCAACAUGUUUUUCGUCCAAAAAAAUGAAACGUUUAGGUGAUAGAUGUUCUUGUAAAGAUAAAAUACUAUCGCCGGUAACAAAAUAUGCGGAGUUGGAUCCUGCUCUUUGUUCCGAAUUGCAAAAAAUCGUGGAGACCAUUCUUGCACCUGGAAAAGGUUUACUAGCAUGCGACGAGUCACCUAAGAGUUUAGAGGAGCGGUUCCAGAAGCUUGGCAUCGAGAACAACGAGGAUACCCGUCGCGAUUAUCGACAGAUGUUGUUCACCGCUGAUCAGUCUCAACUAUCGAAAUACAUAAGCGGUGUUAUUCUGCAUCACGAGACAGUUUAUCAAAAAACGUCGAACGGGAUCGACUUCGUCCAGCUGCUACGAGAGAGGAAUGUCCUACCAGGUGUUAAGGUCGACGGGGGUUUGGUCGAUCUCUUCGGGUCGAAGGACGAAAAGACCACGGAAGGCCUGGACAGUUUGCAAGAGAGAUGCAUACAGUACAAACGAUGUGGUUGUCACUUCGCAAAAUGGAGAUGCACGUACAGGAUCUCGGAGACCACGCCGAGUCAGCUGGCCAUGGUUACGAAUGCGAACGUCCUCGCAAGAUACGCCAGUAUAUGUCAGAGUGCGCGAAUGGUACCCAUAAUAGAACCAGAAAUUCUGAAUGACAAUAACCAUGGAAUUAAUGCAGCGUUGGAAAUUCACGAAGAGGUCCUGUCUAUCCUGUUUCGCGCCCUAAACGAGCACCGUGUCUACCUUGAGGGCGCCAUCUUGAAACCUGCAAUGGUCUUACCUGGAAUCAACAAGUCCCCCAAUUGCACCCCACAAAUUAUCGCCGAAUACACGUUAACAGCUAUGCAGAGGACAGUGCCACCAGCAGUGCCAGCUAUCCUAUUUUUGAGUGGUGGACAAUCAGACACGGAGUCCACCAUAAAUCUGAAUGCUAUUUGUGCUUACGACGGGAAGAAGCCUUGGCGAAUCAGUUUCUGUUACGGACGUGCUUUACAAAACGCUGCGAUGAAUGUCUGGAAAGGACUCCCAGAGAACGUGCAAAACGCUCAAGCAGUACUACUCGAGAGAGCAAGACUUUGUUCCGAGGCGUCUUUGGGAAAAUUACAACAAAACGGCGUGUGCACGAAGAAGGCCACGAAUGGCCAAUGAUGCACGUCUGAGGAAAGCCUUAUUCGAAUUAAAAAUAAAAAUGACGCAAGGAGAUUGGCAAAAAGUGUUACCACUUUUGGAGCACAUCGGUUAUUUCCACGAGGUCUUCGUUAUUUCGAAUACGGAAAGACUGAAAGACUGAAAGACAGACUAAAGACUUUCAAAAACAUUUCACGAA